CCCGGGGCUGCGUGCGGCCGGCGCCUGGGCGUGGCCGCGCUGCGGACGUGGCAGCGCGGCCGCCAUCGCGAUGGUUUCCACGUGGAGUGGGGGGCCACCCGCGGAGCAUGGCCGGCCGAGGCCCUGGCGGCGGCUCGCAGCCGUCCGCCGUGGCGCAGCCGCUCGCCGGCGGUCACUUGUACCCCUUCGUGAGCGCGGAGAGCGAGGGGCCCGAGGAGGAGGGUGAGCUGUCGGAAUUGCGGCCGCGGGGCAGGGAAAAGGUCCGGCGGAGCGCAUCGAGGGACAGGCUGGAUGAUAUAGUCCUGCUGACGAAGGACGUCCGGGAAGGGGACACGCUGAACGCGAUAGCGCUGCAGUUCUGCUGCUCCGUUGCAGAUAUCAAGAGAAUUAACAAUCUUAUCAACGAUCAAGAUUUUUUUGCCCUGAGGUCUAUCAAAAUUCCAGUGAAAAAGUUCAGUGUAUUGACUGAAACCCAUAUAUAUCCAAAAGGAAGACAAGCUCUUCGGCCUGCUCUGUGUUCCCCAGAAGAUCAGGAAACAUCUCUUUGUGAUAAAUUCUCUGCUAAUGAGACUGCUGGCAACUUCUUAAAAGAAGUCGAUCGAGAUAUAGAAGAAAUAGUGAAGUGUAAUGAUACAAAGAGAGAGAAUCUGAAUGAAGUUGUUUCUGCUUUAGCAGCCCAACAGAUCUGUUUUGAAACUGAUGGUAAAACUAAAAAAUGUAAGGAUCCUUACUAUGGAGCAGACUGGGGUAUAGGGUGGUGGACAGCAGUAGUGAUUAUGUUGAUUAUUGGCAUUGUAACUCCAGUUUUUUAUCUCCUGUAUUAUGAAGUUCUAGUGAAAGCAGAUGUCAGUCAUCAUUUUCCAAUGGAAUCUUCCCAUUUGUUUGUCACAGCAGUAUCACAUCAGAAAGAAACAGAAAAUGGAAUAAAUCCAACAAAUAUUAUGAAAGUUGAUAAUCAAGGAGACCUUCAGCAUUAGUAGUGGAAGACCCUAGACAACUGUUGUAUGUAGAUACAGAACAUAACCUUAGGUAAAGGGGAAUCCACAGAAUGCAAAAUGCACUUGGAAUGCAGAGAUGUGUAUUGAUGUGUGACUUGCCUUUAUGGGCAGUGUUCCACUACAAGGAUAUUUCUGGGGAUCACAUAAUCUCUGAAUAUGCCUGAGAUAGGCAGUUUGCAAGAUUGGGGUGUCUAUUAAGGUAUGAAGUAAUCUCUGAAGCUUUGCACUUUCUUCUAUUUUGAUAGGCAUGUUUCUUAAUUAAUGAUGAGGUGGAAAAAUAUAGUUCAAACUAACACACAAGGAGUCUGUGUUUUACAGCCCAGAAGUGGGCAUGUGGGGAUAGCUAACUUUUAAACAUCUAAAAGGACUUACAGAAUUCAUAGUACACUUGACAUUUUUAAUACCAGGUUUACAGUUGUAAGUUAAAGUGGUGUUCUCAUAAUUUAAUCUUUCUUAUAGAGUAAGAUUUUUUUAAAACUCAGUUAUUCCAUAAUUAAUAGCCACUAUGAAGUUCUUUUUUACAGAGGCAGUAGAAAACACUUAAACUGGAAUCUUGAAAUCUUGUGCCUGUGGUCAACCCAUUCUGCAGUAUAGGCACUAGGGUAGUUUGUUUUCUCUGUGGGAUUGUGUGCCUCAACACAGUCCACUUAGGAUUCCUCCUGAAAGUUUACAUUCUUCCUUGGUUUUCUGCUGAAAACUUACUGCAUUCUCAUCUGGUCACUUGUGUGUAGAAUGAAAGAAGUGAAGAAGUGUGGCACCUUACUGCCCCAGUAGUCCUAAUUUUCUGCUAAUAGAUUUAUCUUUUUCACCUCCAGUUAAUCUCAGUUCAGGACCAAUUGAUUAUUCAGAUAGCAGUCAUGGGUACUGAGCAUGCUAAUACUGGUCUUCUGCCAAUGGAACCUCAAGCUCUUAACUUUUUCCUGAAGUGUGCUAGAAAACUUCAAAUGAUAUUUAAUGCCUGCUAGCAAAUUUGAGCAGAAUAGACAACUUGCAUCUUCAGACUUGUACUUUACAUAUUAGUGUAUUCAUUAACCAAUCCCCUCCUAAAUGUUUCUCUUGGAGUUUCAUGAUCAGCCUUGGUUUUCCCCUCUUUUUCUUCCCAAUUUAAAAAUGCUUCAAGAUAAAAAACAAACAAAAAACCCCAUAAAAAACAUAAAUAAACCCCCAACACCUCUGGACUCUUCAUACAGAAA